CACGUGGCGCGCGCUCACAUGACCGGCGGCGCGAUGGACCCGCUGCCCGCCGCGGCGGGUGAGGCAGACGCCGGCGGAGAGGGAGGUCCGGCCGCGGCAGACGUGCCUGUGCCCCCCGUUGGCGAGCGGAGGGAGCUGGAGCCCAGGCAGAUGCAGGGGCCACAGGGGAACCCGCUGCUGCUGUCGGCCUCGCUGCAGGAGCUGUUGGCCAGGGACACGGUGCAGGUGGAGCUCAUUCCUGAGAAGAAGGGGCUUUUCCUCAAGCACGUGGAAUACCAGGUGGCCAGCCAGCGCUUCAAGUCCUCGGUAUACAGACGCUACAAUGACUUCGUGGUCCUCCAUGAGAUGCUGCUCCACAAGUUUCCGUACCGCAUGGUGCCAGCCCUCCCGCCCAAGAGGGUGCUGGGAGCCGACAGGGAGUUCAUCGAGGCCCGGAGGAGAGCGCUGAAGCGCUUCAUUAACCUGGUGGCGCGGCACCCCCGUUUCGCCGAUGACACACUGCUCAAACUCUUCCUGGGCUUCAGUGGCUCCGAUGUGCAGAACAAACUCAAAGAGUCUGCGCAGACCGUCGGAGACGAAUUCCUGAACUGCAAAUUGGCCUCCCGCGCCAAGGACUUCCUCCCUGCCGAUGUGCAGGCCCAGUUUGCCGUCAGCCGGGAGCUGAUCCGGAACAUCUACAACAGCUUCUACAAGCUGCGUGACCGGGCUGAGCGCAUGGCUACACGGGCCAUCGACAGUGCCGCCGACCUCCUCAUCUUUGGGAAGGAGUUAAGUGCUUUGGGAUCUGACACGACGCCGCUGCCCUCCUGGGCCACCCAGCACAGCAGCACCUGGAGCUCCCUGAAGCAGGCCCUCCGAGGCCUGUCCGUGGAGUUUGCGCUUCUCGCCGACAAGGCUGCGGAGCAGGGAAGACAGGAGGAAAACGACGUGGUGGAGAAGCUGAACCUCUUCCUGGAUUUGCUCCAGUCCUACAGAGACCUGUGUGAGCGGCACGAGCGGGGCGUGCUGCACAAGCACCAGCGCGCCCUGCACAGGUACGGCCUGAUGCGCAGGCAGAUGCUGAGCGCCGCCGUGCAGAGCCGCGAGCCCCAGUCGGUGGAGCAGCUCGAGUCGCACAUCGUGGAGGAGAGCGCGAUCCACACCAUGGAGCUUCGGAACCACUUCUCCCUGUACUGCCUGCACCAGGAGACGCAGCUGGUGCACGCCUACCUGCCGCUCACCUCCCACAUCCUCGGUGCCUUUGUCAACUCGCAGAUCCAGGGCCACAGGGAGAUGAGCAAGGUGUGGAAUGACCUGAAGCCUAAGCUCAGCUGCCUCUUCGCUGGACCACACAGUGCCCUGACCCCACCCAGCUCCCCACAGGACGGCCCAGUCCCUCACUAGGCCCGGGUGCAGGGGCCAUGCAGUGGCCUGACCCCGCCCAGCUCCCCGCAGGACGGAUGACUGCUCACUGAUGCCUUCUUCCAAGCUGGUGUCCCUGUGUAGUUCCUGCAGCUGGCUGCAGCCCCACACCAGGUGCUGCCCGCCAUGCACACAGAGGCCAUGAGAGUAUGGUGCUGAGUGCAGGGACGGGGGAGGCGGGGCUGCAUGGGCUCCCCGAACUCUGCUCGGCUCUGCCAGCCCCCACUCCAGGCAGACAUCGCCUCCCUGUCUGGGUGUUGUAGGGGAUGGGAUUCUGGUGUCAUGAGCCCGAGAGCAGUGUGGGCUCCGCGGGGUGGGUGCCUCCCAUGGGCCCCGCCUGCCUGUGCUCUGGAACCUCAGCAGAGGGGUUCUCCGUGGUUUGCCCAGCACGGGGCUCUGAGCUAGAAAGGGCAUCCCGGCCCCUCUGUCCAGCCCCCCGGCACAGCAGACACUGCCCCUGACUACCUGUGGGGCUCCCGCCCGCCCCAGGGAGAUGGCACGUGCCGGAGUUCUUCCAUCUGUCCUGUACUUACUUUCUCAUGGCCAUGCUUGACCUGGCUGCCAGGCCGUCUGUGGGACCACGCCAUCCUUGGCAGGAAGCACUUUACAGGGCUGCAGAUGACUCACUAAACUGGAAUUGUUUACACAC